CCUGCCCCUAGUCGUAUUCUUCGCAGCCACCACUGACGAAGAGGCAGCCGACCAUGCCCGAAAAUGGUCGAUGGACCGGGGUCCCUGGUGCCCCCGGAACCGCAAAUCACAGCCGCGCAAUUGGGAACGUGGGAGCCAUUUUACCUGGUCGGGCUAAUGGGCUCGUGUCACCCGGUGCGCGUAGCACCGUAGCAGAUAGCCCGCGAGGUAAAUACCGCGUACGAGGGAGUACAGGCCUCGGACUCGAUCUUGCCACGGACUGGCAGAUCUGUAGUACAUAAGUCGACUCGCUCGCUGGCUUUCUCUCCUCUUUCUUCUUGGGAUUUCUCUUCACAGCAUUCAGUCCGAAUCUGCAAGCCAUCCAGUACCCUCGACUAGGUCUUUACCUGUCCGUCACUCCUCAUCAAGAUGGUGCUGCAUCAGUACGAUUACGUUUUCGCCAUCGGCACUCUGUUUGCCAUGCUGGAUGCCUACAACAACGGUGCCAACGAUGUUGCCAACUCCUGGGCCACCAGUGUCUCCUCCCGCUCCGUCACCUACAGACAGGCCAUGGUCCUUGGCACGGUGUUUGAGAUGGUGGGAGCCAUCGCCGUCGGUGCUCGUACUGCCGAUACCAUCAAGAACGGGAUUAUCCCGAACUCGGCCUUCCGGGGAGAUGCCGGUGUCCAGAUGCUGGCGUUCACCUUGGCUCUGGCUGCCGCCUCGUCAUGGGUGAUGUGGUGUACUCGUCACUCCGCUCACGUCUCUUCAACAUACUCCCUCAUCUCGGCCGUCGCCGGUGUUGGUGUUGCCACGGUCGGUGCCUCACAGGUACAAUGGGGAUGGAACAAUGGCAAGGGUCUCGGAGCCAUCUUCGCCGGACUGGGCAUGGCACCGGUCAUCUCCGGAUGCUUUGGCGCUAUCAUCUUCAUGCUCAUCAAGGUCACUGUCCACAUGCGUAAGAACCCUAUCCCGUGGGCUGUCUACACCUCGCCCUUUUUCUUCUUGGUUGCCGCCACCAUCUGCACCCUUUCCAUUGUCUACAAGGGCUCCCCCAGCCUGGGUCUGAGCAAGAAGCCGGCCUGGUACAUUGCUGCCGUCACCUUGGGCUGUGGAGGUGGUGUUGCUCUCCUGUCGAUCAUCUUCUUUCUUCCCUUCCUGCAUGCUCGGAUCAUCAAGCGGGAUCAAUCCGUCAAGUGGUGGAUGUUCGCCGAGGGUCCCUUCUUGCUUAAACGUGGCGCCGUGGAUCAAGCCGAUGUGGCCAAGGUUCCCGACUACGCUGUUGUUCAGGAGGAUGACUACCCUCCUUCCAACGCGUCUUCCAAACUGGACAAGACAGUCUCUCCCGACGCCUCGACCGUCGCCUCGCCCGCCAUCACCGCCAAAGAUGACCACGAGAAGAGCCUUGUUGCCGCCGAGGCCAAGCAGCUCACCUACCAGGAACUCCAAGCUCAGAGCCAGGACCGGUUGCACCAGAAGCUCAUCCAGAAGCGCGGACCUCUUGGCUGGGCUCUGCGAACCCUCCGCGACAACCCCAUGGGCGCUGGCGAGCUCUACGAAGUGCGAAACAUGAUCAUCCUCGCCAAACGUAUCCCUGCCCUGAUCACCUGCGGUCUCCUGUACGGCCUUCACUACGACAUCCACACCGCGCAGUCCGGUAUCGCCGGCACACCCGAGGGUGAGCGCAUGAAGCGCGUGUACGCCCACGCCGAGAAAUACCCCAACGAGGUCGAACACACCUACUCCUUCAUCCAGGUCCUGACGGCCUGCACCGCCUCCUUCGCCCACGGCGCCAACGACAUCGGCAACUCCGUCGGCCCCUGGGCCGUCAUCUACUCCGCCUGGAAGACCGGGGACGCCGCCGCCGCCAAAGCCCCCGUGCCCGUCUGGCAGCUCGCCGUCCUGGCCGCCAUGAUCUCCAUCGGCCUGAUCACCUACGGCUACAACAUCAUGAAGGUCAUGGGUAACAAGAUCACCUACCACUCGCCCAGCCGCGGGAGCUCCAUGGAAAUGGGCGCCGCCAUCACCGUCCUCGUCUUCUCGCAGUACUCCCUUCCCGUGUCCACUUCCAUGUGUAUAACCGGCGCCACGGUCGGUGUCGGUCUCUGCAACGGAACCAUCAAGGCCGUCAACUUUCAGCGAGUCGGUCUGUUGCUGCUUUCGUGGAUCAUGACGAUUCCGAUUGCCGGUACCCUGGGUGGUGUCUUGAUGGGGUUGUUCCUUAACGCCCCUCAUUUCGCUUCCUAGAUGGGAGUUCUUUUUCUGUUGUUUAUGAUUGGGCAAUGUUGCAUGUACAUAAUAAUUUAAUCAUUAGAUCUGCCGUCAAAAUGGGGAGAUGGUGCGUUGGGCUGUGUUUAUGAUUCGUUGAGAUACCUUAAUUUGAAUUGAUUGAUUGUCG